GAACGGGAGGCCGGUCUCACUCUCUCCAGCGUAGAGAUCUGAAUCCAACAUUGGUGAAAAUUUUCUCUUUUAGGUUCGGAGAGCCUCCGGCGGCGGCAAUCCUGAGCCGAUCGCGUGCAUUCUUUGCUUAUCGUACUUUUCCACGGCUUCAAAUCCCUCAGCAAUGUGGAUGUUCAAGCCCCUCUCUGGGAAAGAACAUGCUGGCGUAGAAGGCAGAGUAAUUGAAAUUGGCAAUACAAAGGUCCGUGUUCAGAAUGCCAUCGCUGAAGGAGGCUUUUCUUGUGUAUAUCUUGCUCAUGACGCUGUGAAUGCAUCCAAACAAUAUGCUCUUAAGCACAUGAUAUGUCAAGAUGGGGAGUCGCUUGAUCUGGUAAUGAAAGAGAUUCAAGUGAUGAAAGUGCUCAAAGGGCAUCCAAAUGUGGUAACUUUGGUUGAAGAUAGUAUAUUAGACAUUGGUAGAAGAAAGGAAGCGCUUCUCUUGAUGGAGUUCUGUGAGAAGUCAUUGGUUGAUGUUCUGGAAAGUAGAGGAGCAAGAUACUUUGAGGAGAAUGAGGUCCUCUUGAUUUUCCGAGAUGUUUGCAAUGCAGUGUUUGCCAUGCAUUCUCAGUCACCACCUAUUGCUCACAGGGACCUGAAAGCUGAAAAUGUUCUCCUUGGUUCAGAAGGGAAUUGGAGAUUAUGUGACUUUGGCAGCACUUCCACGAAUCACAAGUGCUUUGAUAAACCAGAAGAGAUGGGUAUUGAAGAAGACAAUAUUAGAAAGCACACUACUCCUGCAUAUAGAGCGCCUGAGAUGUGGGACUUGUAUAAAAGAGAAAUUAUCUGUGAGAAAGUGGAUAUUUGGGCUCUUGGAUGCCUGCUGUACAGAAUAUGCUAUUUCAAAUCUGCUUUUGAUGGCGAGUCUAAACUUCAGAUCUUGAAUGGAAACUAUCGCAUUCCAGAGUUACCAAAGUACAGUGCUUAUGUUACAGGCUUGAUCAAAGAUAUGCUAGAAGGCUCUCCAGGUGCCAGGCCAGACAUCUCUCAGGUGUGGUUUCGUGUUAAUGAAUUAUUACCUUCGGAGUUGCGAAAACACUCGACUAACUGUGUUCAAACUGCAUCAACUGUUAAAAUGCACCCUUCUAUCUCAGAUGUGAAUAAUAAAGGUACAUUUAAGAAGACUCCCGUUAUACCAAAGAGGAGCCCCCCUCCUCCACCUUUAAGGGAAAAGGUUGGUAAAAUCUCACCUCAAUGUCAUGUAGAAAAUCGGCCAAGUCCUUCCCAUGGCUCUCCAAUGGUGCUUGGGAAUGAGAGCGCCUUGGGUACAUUUUGGUCUACCCAGUUUACAAAGGAUUCAGAAUCUGUGGGGGAAAAAGGCUUAUUGUUUGAUGAAAAACCAAUGAGUCGAACUUCCAAGCAAAGUCAAGCUAAACUGGGAAGAAUAAACAGCCCUUCCAAAGAAGAGCAAGCUCAGCCUACUCAGGUUAGCGUGUACAAGGGGGUUGAAGAUGUCCAAACUGAGGACUUGCAAAUAAGGUUUUCGCCAGAGAACAAAUUAUCCUUUCAAAAUAAGACAUUCAGUGAUUUUGUUGUUGAUUUCAACAAGACAAUUUCUGGAAAUACUGCUAUGAGCAAUAGCAUCAACAAAUCAAGGAGGGAGGAAGAGUUGGAGACAGAGUUGGAGAAGCUGAAGGAGCAAAUUAAACAAGUGAACUUGAAGAAAACAGAAGUGACAUCCAAAUUUGAAAAGCUCUCAGCCAUUUGCCGCUCCCAAAGGCAUGAGAUACAGGAGCUGAAGCUUACCUUAGCAAUAGCAACUUCUUCAUCGUCAAAAGACUGUCCUCAAAGUCUCGCCUACUUCAAUGGAAGCCCACAAUCCGACACACUGUCGUGGGAAAAUAUUGAGGGAACUGUUUUGGAGCCCCAGCGAGGAAUGCUUUCCAGCAACAUUUACCCAGAUCCCAAACAAUGGCAAACUUUCGCAGAUGAGCCUAAACAAGAGCUAAUGCCUAAUACAAAGCAUUCAAAAUCCAGUAGGACAAAUCAUGACCAUCACAGCAGCACAAAACAGCAUGGAUCAAGCUCUACCAGAGAUGAUUGGGGCUUUGAGCAUGUUGGCUUCUCCGUUUCCUCUUCCUCCAGCUCUGAUACCUUCAGGUCUCCAGUUCUUGGGAGUUCUUCACAGAGGAUUGCAGCCACCAGAGUCCAGAAGGUCGAUUCUACCCAGCCGGCUGGAUGGGCUGGUUUCUGAAUCAUCCUCUAUACUGGGAGAAAUUAUUAGGUUCGGACAUCGGAUAGAGAGAAUCAUCCAGAUUUUUUUCUGUUUACAGUAAAAGCAUAGUUACUGUAACAGCUGUGCUUUGACUGCAUUUUUACUGUAGGCAGAGAGAAAUUUGUAUGAUUCUCUCUAUCUGGUGUCGGAACCUAGUAAUUUGUCAUAUAAUACUGGUAGUGUAACCAAAGAAGUGACGGCGUCCCUUCAAGGUAUGUAUAGGCUUCUACCAUGUUGUUCUGUUCUAUUUUAUGAGAAAUAGAGUCAUUGUCAUUUAUACAGAUGGGCAAGCAAUCCUACAAGCUUGGUGCCCAUAUCACAUGGUAUAGUGUUUUGUUAUAUAUUUUUCACUUCAAGCAAAAUAUGAUAUUUCAGAUAUUUGAUUGUUGAACAACAAAUGAAGCAUUAAUGGCGAUGUCUGCCACUGGCUUCCAUAUCAAACAAUUUGAAAGAUGGUAUUAUUCAACAUA